AAGAAGAUUCAAGGUCUCCGCUGCCCUCCAGCGGAGACGCAGCUCCUCAGGCGCCGGGCGGCAUUUGUUGGGUCGGCGGCGUCAGGGAUUCGCAGUGGCGUGUGGUCGGCGUCGUCCGGCCCCUGGUGCGCCCCCGCGGCAGGCAGAGCUCACGCUCCUGUCCCCCGCGUCGACGGCGGCUCCACAGGACGCGCAGACCGGGCCGCAGCCCAUGCCCCGAGCGGACUGCAUUAUGACGCACCUGCCUUACUUCUGCCGGGGCCAAGUCGUGCGGGGCUUCGGCCGCGGCUCCAAGCAGCUGGGCAUCCCCACAGCUAAUUUUCCUGAGCAAGUGGUAGAUAAUCUUCCAGCUGAUAUAUCCACCGGUAUUUACUAUGGUUGGGCCAGUGUUGGAAGUGGAGAUGUCCAUAAGAUGGUGGUGAGCAUAGGAUGGAACCCAUAUUACAAGAAUACGAAGAAGUCUAUGGAAACACAUAUCAUGCAUACCUUCAAAGAGGACUUCUAUGGGGAAAUCCUCAAUGUGGCCAUUGUUGGCUACCUGAGACCAGAAAAGAACUUUGAUUCUUUAGAGUCACUUAUUUCAGCAAUUCAAGGUGAUAUUGAAGAAGCUAAGAAACGACUAGUUACCAGAACAUUUGAAAGUCAAAGAAGACAAUUUCUUCCAGGUUUCUAAAAGCAAAAUAAUGAAUGGCCACUGAUGAAAAAUUGUAUUAUUUAUUCAUUCACUGUU